AAAAAUAAAAGAAAACCUAUUUCCAAACAUUUUAAGUAAUUCCUAUGAAAUAAGAUAAAUUCAAAUAAAGGUCAGAAAUUUCUGAGUUCUAUAGCCAACGUUGCACCACUAUGUUUGUUGGUUAAGAAUCUUGAAGAUCCCAUUUCCCUCCUCCACGCUUCAAUUUUUUAUUUUUUAGUUUCUUCACAGAGAGUAAAUCUUCAUAAAUUGUCAACAAUUCAUAGCUGAAUCAUUAGGGUUUUGUUAAAAGAAUUUGGAAAAGAUUUGCAGUUAAUUAUCUCAAGAGUAUGUCGGUUCUGCUGAAGAAAAGAGUUCAGCUUCUUCUCUUUAUUGUUGGGGUCGUUGUUCUCAGCAUCACUGCUGAAAAAUGUCGGUUAUUGGUUGGUGAAGAGGCUGCAUCAAAAAGUGGGCAGUUUACUUUCUUGAAUUGUUUUGAUGGGAGUUCUGGAACCCUUGCAUGUGUAGUGAAGGAGGGUGUAAAACUUUAUUUCUAUAACAUUAGGGCUCUUCAUGUGGAGAGUAAAAGGAAUGUAGCAAUUGAGACUGCUUUGGCCGAUUCAGUAGCCCAAGGCAUGAGUGCUGCAGAUGCUGCCAAAGUGGCCCAAAAAGAAGGAGCCAAGGCAGCAAAACUCGCAAAAAGAAAAGCCAAGCGCAUUAUAGGGCCAAUUAUUUCUUCAGGAUGGGAUUUUUUUGAAGCUAUUUACUUUGGGGGUACCAUAACAGAAGGGUUCCUUCGAGGCACAGGUACCUUGAUUGGCACUUACUUUGUUGGUUUCAUGGGAGAGCAAAGGUUUGGGAGGUUUGGUUAUUUGGUUGGAAGUCAUUUAGGCAGUUGGAUUGGUGGAAGGAUAGGGUUGAUGGUGUAUGAUGUGGUCAACGGGAUUCACUACAUUAUGCAGUUCCAAAAGGAAGAAACUCCAGCUUACGAAGAUGCUUCAAACGAUAAAAUGUUUGAACCGGAGUCCUACAUGCAUGAAUCAACGGGGAGUAGAAUUUCCGAUGAGUCCAGUAAUUAUGAGACUCCAGGUGAUGCGAGCUUUGAAUCAACAUGGAGUGGCAUUUCUGAGGAGUCCAAUAGUUAUGAGACUCCAACUGAUGAGAGCUUUGAUGCUCGUGAAGAACUUUGAUCAGGCCAAAUAAAGUUAAUACUGUAAUGUUUUGUUUAUAUCACACACAACAUAAUAGAAAUGAUAAUCUGAAUGUUACUCGUGUAUCAUUUUUCUAGUAAGCAGAUACUCCAGUAUUUAUGUGAUAGAUUUGUCCAUGGUAGUA